UCAUUGUCGCCUCCGGCAUAAAUCAUCCCACUGCUAUUGCCCACCUUCCCUGUACUCGGGCGAGACCUGCCUGGUCGGAUCUCCGAUGGAAGGAAACGGGCCGUCCGCCCGGCUCCGCCGAGGAAAAUCUUUCUCCGCCGAGCGCCUCCUUGGUGCAUUAUUGCCUCACGCUCCACCACUUAACCCCGCCGGAGCCAGCACUUCCUCCGCCGCGGCCGUCGGCGAUGAGCUCAACGAAGACGAUGUUUUCUUAACCGGUGACUUGACCGCCGAUAUCGCACAGCACAAUCACGAGCCAUCGUCGUCGACACCUCCGUCGUCCUCCUUCUCUUCCUAUCCACGGCAUCACCUCCGCAAGGCGUUGCCAGUCGGUCGGUCGGAAAGCUUCGGAGUCCUCGCGGCCCUGCCGGAGAACGAACCUCGCUCCGUUUUUAACCGCAAAGCGUCAAUCUCCUCCUCCUCGUCUUCUUCCGCUUCCUCCUCGGCUUCGUCCUCGAGAAUGAUGUCAAUCCCGACGGUUCCGAAGCCUCCACCGGAGCGCCUGUUGCCAGUUGCUUCGUCCAGUUAUGGCUCGAGGUAUCACCGAUCGGCGCCGGUGAAAGUGCCGGCGUUCCCAGCGUUGAUGUUGAGGAGAUGUCGCGAACUCGACGAAGUCGAUGAUGAUUAUGACGACGACGACGGAGAUGGACCGAUGUUGCCACCGCACGAGAUUGUGGCAAGGAGUUUGGCCCGGUCGCCGAUGAUUGCGUGCUCUGUGCUUGAAGGCGCUGGGAGGACACUCAAGGGGAGGGAUCUGAGGCAAGUUCGUAACGCCAUUUUUCGGCAAACAGGUUUUCUCGAUUGAUGAACAUGUAUAAAUGUACCCUUGAGGAAAUUGUUAUCAUCGAGGAAAUAAUUGUGGUUGAUUACUCUCCAAUUCUGACGAUCUAGUCAUUUGAAUCCAUUCGUUCUUUGGUUUA